GCACAGACACACAACUGCAUCGAACUCUGAUUUGGGUGAACUGCUCAUCAGCAGCUGAGAUGGGUGUUGUUCUGGCGGUUGAUACUUUGCUCAUCGCUCUGAUGCAAGCUGUCUUUUGUAAAACCUGGGAGGUGACGCUGCCCCAAAAGGUCAUGGGCAUCAGUGACUCCUGUGUCGAUGUCCCGUGUCACUUCGACGUCCCCAAAGAGCUGGAAGCAAACAUCGUAAACUGCUCAGACGGCGGCAUUUGGAGUAAAGGAAACAUGUUCGGUCCUCCCUACUACACUGAUCGCAAUCCUUCCAUCAACAACAUAAAUGGGCGAACACUCGGGGACUUGACAAAGAAGAACUGCACUACAAUGUUCUACAGCUUCCCGAAGAACUUCAGCGACAUGUACUUCUUCAGGAUCGACUGUUUGAACAACCUCAAGUUCAGUUUCAGAAAUGGCGUCAUGAUUAACAUCCCAGCAGAGGUUCCUCCCCCAGAGCUGACCCCUGUGGGUCAGGUGUCAGAGGGAGAGCAGGUGAGGCUGCAGUGUUCAGUCCUGGUGCCCUGCUCCAUCCUGCCCCCCUCCAUCACCUGGCUCCCCCGGGACAACUCCAGGCAGGAAGAGACGCAAAUGCAGCAGGAGAGUCCGUAUCAUCAGACGAUGAUGACGUCCACGCUGACCUUCAACGCUUCAGCCGACCACCACAACCAGAGCGUCACCUGCUCCGUCUCCUAUCCGCUGACUAAAGGGGGCAGCAGCCAGCCGUCUGCAACCACUCUCAGACUCAACAUCCUGUAUGCUCCUAGAGUUAUCGUGGCAACGCUCAGCACGUCAGUUCCAGUUUCUGAGGGCCGCGUUGUGACGUUUACCUGUUGGAGCGAUGCCAACCCACCUGUGAGCCUCUACACCUGGUACAGAGUCGACAGAGGCCAGUUGACUAAGAUGGGUGAAGAAGAUCUGCUGGUCCUGAAGGUCAGUCAGGAGGACAGCGGGGCUUAUCUGUGUGAAGCUCGAACCCAGAGGGGCUCCAAGAGGUCCAGACCUGUGACUCUGGAGGUCAUCGCCAAUACAGGCAGCAGCCACUGUGUUGAGGCGGUUCCAUACCUCAUAUGUGGAGUGUUGUUGGUCCUCUACAUAUUGACUGUUGUUGUGGAUGUGUACAAGUAUCAAAGUAUUUCCAGGAGGCUGAAACAGAUUGAGCUGAAGGGAGAACGCACCUACACUGAUCUGAAAACCUCCAGGCCGGCCUCUGACUAUGACCAACUCCAGGGAAUUCCCUGUACUGAAGCUCACAACUACGAGAACCCCAUCACUCUGAAGGCCAGCUACAUAAAUCUACCCCCGCCAAAGACCACCUGAAGGAAUGGGUUGAAGUUUUCAUUUAAAGGGUCUAAAUAUGUUUGUUAAAGCUUCAAACUAGAUUUUGUGUUUGUAUAUAAUCCAUAUUCUUUAUCCACUUUGUUUCAAGCAUUCUUUGAAGGCAUACUUGUUUUAAGCUUUUGGUGACUUUACCAUCACACGUAACGAAUCAUUUUACUGUAGAUGUCAGACAUGUACUUUUGCACACAUAUCCUGUUAUUCAUUAUUAUACGUUUGGAAGAAACUAGAAUUUAUAAUUAUAAAGUUUUGUGUGAAUGAGGACUAAUAAACUUUCAAGAGAUUAAUUAAAGACUAUUUUUAUUUUAUAACUUCCAUAUCUUUCUCUACUCCUUUUAGCUCAUUUGUUAUGUUCUCUAGAUUUAUUUUGACACUUUUGGGUCACAUAACACAAGAUAUGCUGAUGUUAACAUCAUUUACCACACACGACUCCGGUCACAGCGCUUCAAAGGAUCUUCUGUAGGACACAUAAAUAGACAAUGUCACUUCUGCCUCAUUAAACUCCACUUUGGUCUCUUUGAUCUGCAGAGCGACUCAUAAUCUUUUUGGUAAUUUACUGGUGCACAUGAACAGCUUAUGAUGUGGAAAAUCAUUAAUCAGCAGAGGUUAGAAUGAUGGAGCGCUGAGAAGCAUGUCAGACGCAUUUUCUACUUUUCCCU